AGUGCUGCCAUUGGACGUACUCCUCAAUUCAAAGAUGUCCCUCUGAGGUCCAAUUCAAUCUCUAUUCCUUCCCCAGAUUGUGAAAUGUCGCUGUUCGUGCAGUUCUGCUCGUCUGGGUUGCGCUGUUCUCCUCUUUCCCCGGCCAAAGUGUGCUCUCUUUCGCUAACCCUUUGCCAUCUUUUGUUUUCUAAGCAUAUCUCCUAGUACGUCCGAUGAGUUCCGGCCGUAAGAAUCUUCCAAAUGUCGGACUCCCAGGAGAAACCCGCGUAUCCCUCUCAGCCAACCCCGGUAGAAUCAUCUGGGCCGGAGCACGAGGGUCAGAACCCGCAAAGAAAUAAUGCUCCAUUCCCCGAGACCACGGUCCGGGGUGAGGAUGUCAGUGAACAGUCUAGCACGAAUUUUAGGAAACGAUUGAGGUCAGCCAGCCUGCAAGUCCGUAAACGGGCCAACACCUUAGCUGAUGCUCUCGGCCGACCACACGAGAGAGAAGAAGAUGGGUUGGAUGCGAGUUUAUUGCCAGAACAUUACGGAGCUACCGACGACCUGAACAGCUUCGCCGCGCGCAAGAACAACGACGAGGAAGACAAACUGCACGCCAUCGACCACAAUGCCCAGACUCAGCUCUUAAUCGAGCAGCUAGGGUUUCCAGGGUCUCAUCGACAAGGAUUCUACGAAUCUCGUUCUUCUGGAGCCUCGACCCCGGAAGAUAUUGAUGAUGCGUCUGCUCCUGUCAGUGGAGGCAUGCUGUCUAAUUUGCUGCGCGUAUAUGCCAACGACAUCGGAGAUGCAAGCAGGAUGAGUCUUGCCUCAACUCCAUCCGAAAUGGACCCGAAAAUCAAGACUCUCCCAUCAACAAAGAUUAUGCCGACGAGAAAAAGUAGCAAGAAAGAAAAAGUCAAGUGGUACAACAACGAAAACAGCCCCAAAAGCCAGAAAGGGAGCAGGUUCAACUUGAACAACCUACAAAUCAAGAAGCCAAGCAAGCCAAACAAGGACUCGGGCCACUACUAUGCCUCCUCUCUUGUCUCCGCGUCUAUGGAAAUGGGGCGUAUUGGGGUGCCAAAUGUCCAAGGCCCGCCGCCGAUGAGUGUGAAAGAACGAAAGAAGCAGAAGCGAAAGGCCCAUAAGAAUGUCCAGCUUACAGUGCACAUCGCCAAAAUUUUGGCACGCCAGCAGUAUAUCAUGCAGCUCUGUCGUGCGUUCAUGAUGUACGGCGCCCCUACACAUCGCCUCGAGGAGUAUAUGGCAAUGACCUCUAACGUGCUGGACAUUAAGGCGCAGUUUCUGUACAUCCCCGGCUGUAUGUUUAUGUCCUUCGAUGACCCUCUUACCCGCACCGCCGAAGUCAAAGUCAUACGUGUCAUUCAGGGUCUAGAUUUGUCCCGUCUAGCAAUAACUCACAGUGUGUAUAAGAAAGUGGUGCACGAUGUCAUCGGCGUAGAACAAGCGACGGAGGAACUCGAUGAUAUCAUGAAGCGCAAGCCGCGCUACAACAAAUGGAUCCUGGUCCUUUUAACUGGCCUGGCCAGCGUUACCGUCGGCCCAUACUCGUUUAACGCUCGCCCCAUUGACCUUCCGAUCAUCUUCAUGCUCGGCUGCAUAGUGGGAUUUAUGCAAUACAUCCUUGCCCCUUCAUCUGCAACAUACUCUAAUGUGUUGGAAGUAUCCGCGGCUAUUCUCACUUCGUUUCUGGCGCGUGCCUUUGGAAGCAUCAAGCACAACGGCGAAUACGUGUUCUGUUUUGCGGCUAUGGCGGAAUCCUCCAUUGCCAUGAUCCUGCCUGGUUUCUCCGUUCUCUGCAGUAGCUUAGAGCUGCAGUCGCACCAGAUGAACGCUGGGUCCAUUCGCAUGGUCUUCACCAUCAUCUACUCUCUGUUCCUCGGAUAUGGAGUCACUGUCGGUACCACCAUCUACGGGCUGAUGGAUCAUAACGCCACCACUCAGGAGUCAUGUCCAACCAAGAGUUUAGAUGCCUGGGGCAACGAAUACAUCCAGCACUUUCCUUUCGUCGCCUUGUUUUGCUUGUUUGCCGCGGUCAUAAAUCAAGCCAAGCCAAAGCAACUCCCCGUGACUGUCUUUCUGGGUGUUUGUGGUUACGUAGCGAACUACUUUAGCACCAAACGGCUCGGCUCUAACCAGGUCGCCAAUACCGUUGGUGCGUUCACCAUUGGUCUCUUGGCCAACUUGUAUAGCCGUCUGUGGCACGGCCAUGCUGCUGCUGCCAUCAUACCGGGUAUCUUUACCUUGGUCCCGUCCGGCCUUGCAUCGAGUGGAUCUAUUAUCACCGGUCUAUCGUAUGCCGAGCAAGUUGCUAAUGGCACUAUAUCAAUAACUUCAGGCGCCACAGCGGAGAGUUCUCUCACGUCCCUAGGUUAUGCAAUGAUCCAGACGGCCAUUGGUAUUUCUGUGGGUCUAUUUAUCUCUGCAUUGAUCGUUUAUCCGCAUGGUAAGAAGCGUAGCGGUAUAUUCAGUUUGUAGAUGAUAUCUUCCCAUCCACCGCUGCAUUUUGAGACAGUGACACCAUCAUCUGUACAUAUUUACAUUUUCGAGAAAUUGGGUUGUCAAAUAUAGCGUGCAUAUGCGGCUUGUCCGCACAAUUACUACAGCAUUUGAAGC